AUGUCUCUUCUUUCUUCUGUUUUCGCUUCAUUCUUCUCUCUUCUUUUCAUACUUUCACUUCAAUGCCAAAAAGCUUCUUCUCUUCAUCAUCAUCACCACCACUCUCAUUUUCACCAUCAAAAACCCAUUUUGAAAUCUUACAACAACCAAAGCACUUGUUCAUUGUUUGUAGGCACUUGGGUUCAUGAUGAAAGUUACCCUUUUUAUCAGUCUUCUAGCUGUGACAUCAUAGACCCAGAAUUCAAUUGUCAAAUGUACGGUCGCCCUGAUUCUGAUUACCUUAAAUACAGAUGGAAACCCCUCAAUUGUGAGCUCCCAAGGUUUAAUGGUGUUGAGUUUCUGAUGAAGAUGAGAGGAAAAACUGUAAUGUUUGUUGGUGACUCGUUAGGAAGGAACCAAUGGCAGUCUUUGAUUUGUAUGAUAUCUGCUGCAGUACCUCAAUCACUGACACAACAAGUCAGUGGAGAUCCUCUUUCCACCUUCACAUUCUUGGACUAUGGUGUGAAGAUUUCGUUUCACAGAGCUCCUUAUUUGGUGGAUAUGGAUAUGGUCCAAGGGAAGAGAAUAUUGAGGCUUGAUGAGGCAGAUAAGAAUGGUAACACAUGGAAGAGUGCUGAUGUAUUGUUGUUCAACACAGGACAUUGGUGGACUCAUCAAGGAUCACUUCAAGGAUGGGAUUAUCUAGAAUUAAGAGGGGAAUAUUAUCCUGACAUGGAUCGAUUGGGCGCUUUGGAAAGUGGUAUGAAAACUUGGGCUACUUGGGUGGAUGCAAAUAUUGACAGAAGUAGAACCCAAGUGUUAUUUCAAGCAAUUUCUCCUACUCAUUAUAACCAAAAUGAAUGGAAUGCAGAAGCUGGUAGAACAACAAGUAUGAUGACAGAAAAGAAUUGCUAUGGCGAAACAGCGCCAAUCAGCGGCACGACAACAAACCAUGGAGUAGGAGAAACAUACACUGAACAACAGAUGAGAAUAGUGGAUAUGGUGAUUCGUGAAAUGCGUGAUCCUGCGUAUCUUCUUGACAUCACAAUGUUAUCGGCAUUGAGGAAAGAUGGACACCCUUCCAUUUACAGCGGUGAUUUGAAUCCUCAGCAGAGAGCUAACCCGGAUCACUCGGCUGAUUGUAGUCAUUGGUGUCUUCCUGGUUUGCCUGAUACUUGGAAUCAACUUCUCUAUGUUGCUUUAUUCUAUUAA